CUGAUACCUUCUCAACAGUUACACACAGAAGAGGACAAGAGAAAGAGUCUGCGCAUAAUCAUGAAGGUCCUUGCAGUGUUCGUCAUUGCAGUUUUCACUGGUUGUCAUGCCAGUAUGUUGUGGCAGGACGAGUCAGUCCCCAGUAUGGAUAUGGUGAAAAACGCUUUCUGGCAUUACGUGUCUCAGGCAACCCUCACAGCUGACGACACCCUGCAGACGAUCCGAAACUCAGAACUGGGUCAAGAAAUCAAUGACAGGAUCUCUCAAAGUGCAGAUGCCAUCAACAAAUACACCCUGGCCAUUCAAAGUCAAGUGACUCCUUUGACUCAAACCCUGAUGGCCAAACUUUCCCAAGAAGCAGAUCGCCUGAAACUGCGCCUGGAACAGGAAAUGACAUCUGUGCAGUCCCAGCUCAAGCCUUAUGUUGAUGAGAUCAGAAGUGAUAUUGAGGAGCAGGUUGAGCGGCUGAAGAAGGAUGCAGCUCCAUUUGCAGAGGCCCUGAACUCUGAGGCCCUGAGAUCUGCUCUGGUCCAGGGGGCCGAGGAGCUGAAGGCCAAGGUGGAAAGAAGUUUGAUGGAGAUGGGUCCUCAAACCGAGGAGCUGAAGCAGAAACUGGACCAGCACUUUUUGGAGUUUCAGAUGAGCAUGUCACCAUUAGCCCAAACCUUUCAGAGUCAGCUGGCCCAGAGAAGUCAGGAGCUCCAGAAGACUCUGGCUCCCUAUUCAGAGGAGCUCAGCAAACUGGAUCCAUACGCCCAGGACCUGAAGGCCCAGUUAACAGCUCUCUGGGAGUCCUUUGCCAAGAACAAGCAGUCUUAAAAGACUUUUGAGAAAUGCUAAAGGACACUUCUUUUACCACUGGGGGUUUCACAUAGUAUAUUUCUUUGUUGCUCAUGUAUGUUUUUCCAAAAAAAUAAAAAUGUAAUAAAAUAGCACAAACACUCCU